AUUUUAUUAUCUUAAAAAUUAAUAAGUGAAUAAUUUUUUUAACUCAGUUAAUAUUUAAAAGUGUAAACAGUCGGCGGGAAAUUAUUUGUGUGAUUGUUUACAAAUAUAUUAAUUAUUAAAUUAAUAUUUUAUGAUAAUUAAUAUUUUUAAUUGUUAAAUAAUACAUAUAAAUAUAUAAAAAUAUGGCUGAAAAAUUAGAAGAUCUGAAUCUACCUAAUGCAGUGGUGACUCGAAUUAUAAAAGAAGCGCUUCCAGAAGGAGUGACAAUCGGUAAGGAGGCCAAAGUAGCUGUCGCGAAAGCGGCGUCUAUUUUCAUCUUGUACCUGACAACCUCAGCGAACACCGUCGCCAAGAAAACUAACCGGAAAACAAUAACGGGUCCAGAUGUCCUGCAAGCCAUGGAGGACAUUGAGUUUGACAGGUUCGUAGACUCGCUCCAGGACGCGCUCAACAAUUUCCGCAAGUCACAGAAAGAGAAGAAGGACGCGAGUAAGAAAAAGACCCAGAAGCCUGAUGACAAAGACAGCAACGAGGUGGAAAUGAUUGAUGACGAGUAACUGGAUUUUUUUUUAAAUUUAUUUUAAUAUUGUAUUACAUUAAAAACUUUUUACACGGUGUAUUUAUAAAGAUUAACAAUUAAAUUAUUAUUAUUAUUA